AUGACACGAGGGCUGGUCGCGACAUCGGGUCCAAUUCUGCGUCAGAGGGGGGAUGGCGGUGGUAGUGGGGGCGGGAGUGGGAGUGUGGUUGGGGUUGGGAGUGGGAGUGGGAGUGGGAGUGGGAGUGGGAGUGGGGGUGGGGGCGGGAGUGGGGUUGGGAGUGGCAGUGGGAGUGGCGAUGGGGGUGGGAGUGGGAGUGGCGAUGGGGGUGGGAGUGGGAGUGGGGUUGCGGGUAGCAGCAGUGGGAGUGGGAGUGGGGGUGGGGAGUGGGGGCAAUGGGGCCAGCAGGAAGAACGGAAGCGAGCCUCGCAAUUGGUGGAGCAGCAUUUUGCCUUCGCGAGUAAUGAUAAAAGUGUGGGGUGUUACUCGCGCAACAUUGCUGUGGCAGGAUUGAAGGUGGUUGCGAAUGAAGUGAGCGUGGACUGUGCAGACUUGUAA